UUGAUCAAUGAAUAUGGAAAACGUUAUCAUAAAGAUCCCGAAAAUAGCGAGGAGCCAGAAAGAGAAGAAGAUAAGGAAAAUGAGCCUAAGAAGCAGAAAGAGACGGCUAAUGCUCCUCCGACGAUUACCACACUUGUGAGGAAGACCCUGGCAGAUGAUGGCUUUGACAAGUGGCUGAAAUAUUUGAAAAAGAAAUGGAGAAUAAUGAAAGUGUCUAAUGUGCGAAGCAGGAAGGAGAAAUGCUUUAGAGUUGAAAAAAAAAAACCUGAAACGUUCAGUCCACUGCGAGUGUCACUCAUUAUUCUAUCAAUGGAUGAAACGCAAACUCCCGGCAUCUUCAACCUUUGGGUAGCUCUGGAGGGCAGAAUGGACAGGUUUCAGUUAAGGGUUCCCAGACUGGUGAUGAUCAAUGAAAAGCUCGAGGGAGAAUUUAACGUUAAGGAGCCAGUGGAAGGCAAACAGGUAGUUCGGCGAGUACUUCCUCACCAUAAAACGGUUCACUAUCUGUACGAAUAUUCGAUUAGUGGGAGCGCAGAACAAAAACUUAUGGAAGAAAUCAACGAGAAACUGUGCUGUUCUCGUGUAGAAGGCAUCUAUGAGUCGCAAAUACCGUUGAUGUUCCGAGCUAUGACUCAAAUUGGAUGCCUUUGUCGACCUAUGGCUCCGCCACUUGGAGGAGUUUAUUCCCUAGAAACUCUCAAAAUGAUACCUCUUUCUACCGGCCAAACGUCUUAUCUUCUUAAUGAUGCCAUUCGCACUGUUUUUCUCUACAAAUUUGCGCAGGAUACUAGGCAAGUUUGGGCUGUCGUUGAUGCCACUACAUCUACCGGCUCGUUCUUCAUCGUCCAAAGGGGGGACCUGACCAUGCCAAACAUGGAUCGAAUCUAUGCUCAAACUUACAUGGAAGAGAAGGAUCAGCUAGUAACAACAGGCGAUAUUCAACCAACGAUAAAGUUCAGUACUCGCCAUUUUCGUGUAGUUGCUGAGGCUGAGAAAGAAGUCAAUAAGGCCAUUCGAAUGAGCCGAGAAGCGACAGCCAAGCCGACACUUUUAUGCAUGCUUGUUGAUGAAGAGCCAAAAUAUAUGAUGAAAAGAUUAGUACAACUCACGCUAUUCCCUCAUGUGCGCAUUCACGUUCAAGAGCCUCAUGCUCUAUUGAAUGUAAUGGAAUGGCAAAGAGUUGUGGCUAAGAGGAUCUGCAAACACUAUUUCAACAGUUUCAUCUAUGUAAAGGACUAUGCUAACUGGGCGCGCUAUCUGCAUGUGCCUAUCGGCAGCGUGCCAAGCGAUGCAGGUCUCUUUGGUCUGGAUUUACUCUUUGCUCGACAUCUUCAAAGGGCUGGCCAUGCACUAUGGGCAUCUCCAUCAAGUAGGCCUGAUCUUGGUGGGAAGGAGAUAGACGAUCUUCGCCUUACCUCAGACUGGAAGCCUUUGACAAAGGAUGAGACUGUUCUGCUGAAUAACCCAUCUUUUUGCGGUAGCGUCUGUGUUGAAUUUGAGUUGGAGGCGGUUGCGGUAAGUCCUCAAUUUCUCAAAUUUUCUUUAUCUCAAUUAUUUUUGGCUCUCGUUGAAAUAUUCAAAUCGACGAGCUGUUUCCGAUUUUUAUUUUCAAAUCAUAUAUAGUG